AUGCUGGAGGAUGGUCUCGAUCCUGUCUGGGGACUGUCACCUCCUCCUCCUCCCCUGCUUUUGCAGUUUUUUGCCAAAAUGUCCGGGUUUACUACAUCUGUAGCAGAUGUCACCAUGAUCCCCUGCAUCCUCUCUCUCCCCCCCUCCGAUGCCGUGACCAUGUCUCUGUCAGUCCCUUCCUCCUUGGAGUGCAUUUCCUUGCACAAUGGAUGUUUGGGAAGUGACGCAACCAGCUUUCCACAUCUCAUACGGCAGAAGAGGCACUGGAUCAUCCCAGCACUGAAGGUUAAAGAGAACCAUAACUACCCCCCAGAAGGCAAGGUUGUUGCCAAGAUCAGGUCAGACAACGACAAAGAAGAGCAGAUGUUCUACAGCCUCCAUGGCCCUGGGGCCAAUAGACACCCUGUGAACCAGUUUGUGGUGGAGGAGAAGACUGGAAUAGUACGUGUUCGUGGAACAUUGGACCGAGAAGAAAUAGACACUUACAUUAUCACUGGAAUGGCCAGAUAUCGUAAUGGCACAAAGGCUGAAUAUGAAAUAGAACUGAAGUUCGACGUAGAGGAUGAAAAUGACAAUCCACCUGUGUUUGCAGACAUGCCUAUUGCUCGCGUCAAUGAGUCAAGUCCAGCAGGGACUCUGGUUACUGUGGUCAACGCUUCUGAUGCUGACAAGCCCAACUCCAUCAAUUCAAGGAUUUCUUACAGCAUUGUGAAACAGGAGCCAGAUGAUGCCCUACACCUCUUCUACAUACACAAAGACAGUGGAUCAAUCUAUGUCAAAGAGACCACCUUAGACAGAGAGGUGAUAUUCGGUUAUUAUCCUGAAACAAAGAGUUUGAUAUAA